CCAGCCUGGCCUGAGCCACAUGGUUUUGUUAUGCUAAUGAGGUAGUAUAAAACCACGAGCAGCUCAUCCAGAGACAUCAGAGCCAAGUGUGUUGUCUGUGAGAAGCACCUCAGUUCAUCUGCACAGACAUGUCUCCCUGCCCCAACAGCUACUCUGUUCCCCACCUGAGGAUGUCUGACAGAGACAACAUCAAAUUAAGAAAACCUAUAGUGGAAAAAAUGCGCAGGGACCGUAUCAACACCUGCAUAGAGCAACUCAAAGUCAUCCUAGAGAAGGAGUUCCACAAGCAGGAGCCCAACUCCAAGCUGGAGAAAGCUGAUAUCCUGGAGAUGACGGUGAGCUUCCUGAGGCAGCAGCUGCAGUCAGGCUUCUGUCACGGCGACUUCAGCCAGAGUUACUCCCACUGCCUGAGGGACUCUAUGCAUUUUCUAUCUGUUGGAUCAGCCACAGAGCUCUCUGCUGGAUCUCAGCAGAUCCUCCAGCAGCAAGACCAGACUCUUCAUCAGACAGAGAGAGCCAGCAGCUGCUCCCCACUCAGAACCAGCACACAGCAGGACAGCAGCAGCAGCAGCAGCAGAGGAGCUGUGUGGAGGCCGUGGUAGACACUCUGAGAUCUGAGGGGACCUGUUAUCUCCCUCACUAUGUAGGAAAUGUAUUUCCAUCCUACUCAUUCAGUGUGGGUUUACUGUCUCAUCACAUUGAUGGGCAAGGAAAAGCGAUGUGCUCUUUCUUAUUAAAUAAUGUUUUUCUUUGUGGUAAAAUCUGAGGAUUCAUUUUUAAUGACGAUAGUUUUAGUCAGAUUAUGUGAAUGUUUACUCCGGUGGAGUUUAUCUUGGGUCUGCUUUAUGUAACAGUAUAAGUUUCCCCCUUACUGUGUGCUACUGACAGCCUUUGUUGAGAAUAUUUCUCUUGUUUUAAACUUUCUAUGCCAAAUUUUAUGUAAUUCUUUCUGUAUGCCUGUGUGCACACAAGUGUAUGUAUGUACUGACACUGUAUGGAUGGAUGCUGAUGUUAAUGUUUUCUUUCCAGUUUUAGCCUUUUUAAAUUUCUAUAGCUUGUAUGACAAUUAAUUAAAAAAGAUGCAAUCAAUUAAAAGGUGACUAUUUUCCUCCUGA